AUGCAUGUCUCCAAGAAACUCGAGCUGGCUCACCAGCAGAAGAAGCCGACCUUUUCCUUCGAGUUCUUCCCUCCUAAGACGGCACAGGGCGUUCAGAACCUGUACGACCGAAUGGACCGUAUGCACAAUCUGGGUCCGACAUUCAUCGACAUCACAUGGGGCGCAGGUGGGAGGCAUUCCCAGUUGACCUCGGAGAUGGUCAAUGCCACUCAGAAUUACUAUGGAUUAGAGACUUGCAUGCAUUUGACCUGCACGGAUAUGGAGCGAAAUCAGGUCGACGAGGCUCUUCGCCGGGCGUACAAGACGGGCUGUACAAAUAUCCUGGCACUCCGUGGUGACCCGCCCAGAGACCAAGAAAAGUGGGAGGCGAAAGAUGGUGGUUUCCGCUACGCAAAAGAUUUGGUGAAAUACAUCAAGGCGAAAUACGGUGACCAUUUUGAUAUCGGCGUUGCUGGCUACCCGGAAGGCUGUGACGACCAAAGGGAUGUCGAUCUGCUGAUCGACCAUCUCAAGGAAAAGGUUGACGCCGGGGCUAGUUUCGUCAUAACACAAAUGUUCUACGAUGUCGACAUUUUUCUCAACUGGGUGAAGAAGUGUCGGGAUCGUGGAAUCACCGUGCCUAUACUUCCUGGCAUCAUGCCUGUUCAGACCUACGCUGCGUUUGUGAGACGAGCCAAUUGGACGAAAUGCCACGUUCCUCCUGAGUGGUUGGAAGCUUUGGAACCGGUCAAGAAUGACGACGCUGCUGUUAGAGCUAUUGGAAAAGAUCUGGUCGCUGAUAUGUGCCGGAAAAUCCUGGACUUUGGUAUCCAACACCUUCACUUUUACACCAUGAAUUUGGCGCAAGCCACACGCAUGGUGUUGGAAGACUUGUCCCUGACGCCUGAAACUUCCGGAACGCGGCUGGAGAAACCACUACCCUGGCGGCAGUCUCUAGGAUUCAAUCGUCGGGACGAGACGGUCAGGCCAAUCUUCUGGAGAAAUCGCAAUGCAUCAUACAUCAGCAGGACCGCCGACUGGGACGAGUUUCCCAACGGUCGUUGGGGUGACAGUAGAUCUCCUGCUUUCGGGGAGUUGGAUGCCUACGGUAUUGGGCUCAAGGGCACAAACGAAGCCAACAUCAAGUUAUGGGGAAAGCCAAGAUCUCUUCGCGACGUUACAAGUCUUUUUGUACGCUUUCUGCAAGGCGACUUGGAACGACUACCAUGGAGCGAAGGUGCCAUCUCUUCUGAGGCAGACAUCAUCAAGGAUGAUCUGCUACAGUUAAACACGCAUGGAUUUUUGACCAUUAAUUCUCAGCCAGCAGUUGAUGGCGCGUCGUCUACGCAUCCAAUCUACGGAUGGGGUCCUGCAGGUGGUUGGGUGUAUCAGAAGGCGUACUUGGAACUGCUUGUCUUCCCCUCCAUGUUCAAGACGGUGAUGGAUCGACUAAACGCCGACAAGAAUCUCACCUACUACGCAGUGAACCGGAAAGGCGAGUUGUACACAAACACAAAAGACGAAGGUCCAAACGCCGUGACCUGGGGUAUCUUCCCGAACCGUGAGAUUGUCCAACCAACUAUCGUGGAAACUGUCUCGUUCCUGGCAUGGAAAGACGAAGCCUUCCGGCUCGGACAAGACUGGGCCAAAUGCUAUCCCGCAGGAUCCGGAAGCAGAAAGCUGAUCGAGAAGAUCAUGGACGAAUGCUACCUCGUCAACAUUGUGAACAACGAUUUCCACCAAAACAAAGAGAUCUUCAAGGUGUUUGAGGGUCUGGAGACCAAGGAUCUCGACUUGGUCAUCGAAGACACUGUACCCAGUUCCGUCGAAAACGGGACUAAGGAGGUACCGAACGGCGAUGCAUCACUCGGCGAUGUCGAGAAAGGCCUUGCAAAUGGGGAGCAACACCAAGCUCCCUCUAAGGCCAGUGCAGACGUGCUCUCCAACUGA